AAGGCUCUCAGGGUUACUCCAAAUAGCAGACUACAAUUCCCACCAACCUCAGCGACUUACCCGGGAGCGCCAAUUUCAAACGUCCGACUGCUAGAGGCUGCCGGGACCUGCGCUUUGUAGCCAUGGUAACGGCGAGUUCCGCCGGCCCGAGGGUGUGCCUUACAGUGCGGAAGGAGUGCAUGCAAAGGCCGAGAGUCCGUGUACGCACUCAUGGGGUGUGGUUUUAUGAGCCUGCAUUCAUGACAUCCGAGAAAAUAAUGACACAAGAAAUUCUGCUGGAAGUCUUGAGCAACACACACAAACGCUGGAGGAAAUCAGCAGGGCUCUGCAGAGAGUGGUGUGGACAGCCCAGCGCAUCUGUGGAUGUGAACUUCCCACUAUUCAGGGCAUUUAGAGACAGGUGUGUCCGAAGGAUCAUUGGGGACCCGAGUCACUCCAACCUCAAACUGUUACAGCUGCCACCAUCCGGGAAACGGUACCGCAGCAGAAAAACCAGGACCAACAGGCUCAGGGAUUGCAUGAUUUCAUCAUCUGAAUUCUUCAGUAUGGAAGAACUUGAACGACUAAAAAGCAAUUAUAAUGCUGGUGGAUUGGAAGCAGUCAUACCAGAGAUAAAGAAUAAAUUAGAUGACCUGGUUAAUGCACAAAUUAAUAUUGCAGUUGCAGGUGGAAAAUGUUCAGGCAAGUCUACCUUUAUUACUGUUGUGGCAGGCUUUGAGAUACAUGAGGAGGGAAUGGAUAGCAGUAAGAAAACUGAUGAAGAGCCUAUCAUAUAUGCUCAUCCUAUUCUGCCUAAUGUUCAUAUUGAAGAACUUCCAGGAAUAGAUUCUGAUACUAGCCCAGUGAGUGAGUAUCUGAAAACAGUAAAUGUUGGGAAGUAUGAUCUGUUCAUCAUUGUGUCAGAAUGCCGAUUUAAAGGAGGCGAAGGCACACUCGCCAAAGCAGUUCAACAGGAAGGCAAACAGCUUUACUUUGUUCAAUCUAAGAUUGACAAUGACCUCCACCCACUGGAAAUGGAUGGUAUGACUUUGAACACAGAGUUGCAAAAGAUAAGGAUGGACUGUGUCGCAGCCUUGGAAGAGAUGGGGGUUACAGCACCAGCUGUUUAUCUGAUUUCAAGCUUGCACCGCAAUAAUUACGAUUUCCCUGCUCUAAAGGACAUGCUUGCAAACAGUCUGUACAAUGUAAAGAAGGCUGCUUUUUUGCUGUCACUCCCAAAAGUAACUUCAGAAUUAAUAGAAGAGAAAAGAAAAAUGUUGGAGAAAAGAAUCUGGAUGACCGCUGCACUUGCAGGCGCAGUGGGAACGGUUCCCGUUCCUGGCAUGUCCUUUGCCACUGGUAUUGGAUUGCUGGCAGCAGGGCUUGUUUACCUCUGGCACCAUCGGGAUCUACGCGACAAGUGCAUGCAAAGUUUGGCAGACAGCAGUGGUAAACCCCUGGCACUACUGAGAUCUGAAAUCCACUCACCAGGCAAAACGACCCGAGCACUUAUCAAAAUAGCAUUAGGUGUUACUGCUGUUGUUUGUACAGUAGCUGAGAUCAAGUUUGACCUCACACCACUAAUUGUCUCUGUUUUUGGUGCUGUAUCGUCCUUUUGUUUCACAGCCUUGCUCUUAAAGGAUUCACUGAACCAACAGGUGAAAACUGCUCAAGUAGCUGUCAAAACUGCUUUUGAAACUAAUCAAAAAUGACAGAUGAUUUAACAGACAACUCUGCAUCAAUCAAUGACUUGGAGGUAGGGCAGAGAAGGAUACUCGCCUAUCCUAUAGCAAGCAAUGUCAGUUCAAUGAGAAUAGUCUAUUUCAAGGCAGAAAGAAAACAUAAGCUACAAUAACUUCUUCCAAGAAACAAUAGGGUGAUUUAUUUAGAAAAAUGCAGUGUUUGGAAAAUACUUACACUCAGUGGCCACUUUAUUAGGUACACCUGUACGCCUGCUUGCUCAUGAAAAUAUCUAAUCAGCCAAUCAUCUGGUAGCAACUCAAUGCUUAAAAGCAUGCAUGCAUGGUCAAAAUGUUCAGUUGUUGUUCAGAACAAAUAUCAUAAUGGGAAAGAAAUGUGAUCUAAGUGGUUUUUACCAUGGAAUAAUUGUUGGUGCCAGACUGGGUGGUUUGAGUAUCUGAGAAACUGCUGAUCUCCUGGGAUAUCUGUCUAACAGAAUGUGGUAAACUAUGUAUACCUGUCUGGACACACCCCUCUGCUGACUGCUCCUGUGGCUCCUUCCACAGUCGAUUGGGAGACUGUUCCUCCCUCAGUCUCCAAGAUGUUGUGGUCCCUUUUGCUGCUAAUAAAAGCCUAUCUUUCACUUCCUGUCUCCAAGAGUUAUUGAUGGUGCAUCACAGAAUUCAUACACAACAGUGUCUAAAGUUACAGAGAAUAGUGUGAAAAAACGGGGGAAAAUCAUCGAGUAAGCAGCAGUUUUGUGGGUGAAAACUCCUUGUUAAUGUUAAUCAGACUGAUUCAAGCUUUCAGGCAGACAACACUAAUUUAAAUAACCACCUGUUACAACAGUGGUGUGCAGAAGAGUAUCUCUGAAUGCACACCAUGUCGAACCCUGAAACGGAUGGGAUUCUGCAGCAGAAGACCACAACGGGCUCCAUUCCUGUAUCUAAUGAAGUAGCCACUCUGUGUGAUCUUAUUAGACAGAGGAAUUACCUCAUCAUCUCUACUCUGGCUGAAUAUAGCAAUAUCUGUUAAAACUAUUUACAAGAUAUUCUCUAACUUAGUAUUCACAGAGCCCUAUAUUCAACCUUAUCUCCCUCAGCUUUUAAAUUAAUUAAAAUCAAAACAAAAGAUUAGAAUUUAUAACCUCUGGAUGUCCCAAAUUACUUUAUGGUCAGUAGAAAUAAUCAGACAUUGUCUGCAGAGUAGUCACCAUUGCAGGAAACACACCAGCCAAUUUGUACAAAUUAGCAGCCCUUAAAUCCAAUUGAAAGACAGCAACCUGAGUACAGGCAUUAGUUCAGGAGCAUAUCAUUGUGCUAAUGCAGUUAAGUGCUUUUGUUUAUUAAUUUCUUAAUCUUGUGGGAGCUAUGGAGAUAAGGCAAUGUGAAAAUUGACAUGGAAGAUUGGGAAAUGCAUUUUAUUAUAAUUGUCUUGUACGUCAGAGAGGAAUAUUUAAGUGUCAUUUUGUUAGAGACUUGCUAACAUUUGUUUGCUGAGUUUCUUUAGGAUUCGGUCAUUACAUCGUGGAAGGAAAACAAGAGAAAUAGAAGCAAAUGUGAAUGUAAACAGAAGAGUUAUUUAAUAACUGUGUAAAAGUAAUCAUGUAAACUCAGUGAAAGCUGCCAGUCAAAAUAUACAAUGUAAAUCGAUAUAAAAGUGGCUUGCAUUUUGCCCAGAAUGGGCACACCCUGACUUUAAUAGAAAUUAAGACUUAGAGAGAUACAAAAUGUUUUUCCCUUUCGAUUCAUGCAUAUAGUCAAACAAUACUCCCACUCCAUCUGUUACCUCGAUCAUUGCACCACAAUUAAACACUUUAAACCAUUUUUAUAUUGCUAUUUAUAUUGUAUUUAUGCACAUUUUAUUCCUCAUCUCUACUUUUACCUCUACCUUUAUUUUUUAUAUAAUUCUUUAUUAUUUCUAUUUGUGGAAUAUUGUGGUUUCUUGUUGCACUCCAACAUACCACAACAAAUUCCUAAUACCUGUAUUUGUAAAAGUAUGUGGUGAAUUAAGUUGAUAAUAAAGAAA